AUGGUUGGGAAUCUUAUCUCAAUACAUAUCACACUUCAAGAUAUAAAUAUUAGUGAACGAUUCCAGGCUCUAAUAUCUCCAGUAAUACUACCACGACCUUUUAUAAGUGUGCAGAUCUUGCAACAUCUUCGUACUUUCAAAGCUCAAAUUCCUAUGACAGAUCCAGGAAGGGAAUCAAUAAGAGGAUUGUAUUAUCUGAGUUAUUUGAAUGAUAAUAUGCUUUUAGGCCGUGUUGUUGGUGGAUAUGAUGUAUUUGUGUUUACAAGAGCCCAAUCACUUUACUAAUGAUCAUUGAUCAAUAAGUAGUUCAAGAGUUGUACUGCUUGACAACAAUAUAACAGUAACACUCCAUGAGCCACAGUUACAAAACAUAUGAAGAAGAAGAAACAUAUUAGAAGCCUUAAAGCCCACAAUGGAUUCUUCUCAAUGUUAUUGUUGUAUAAUAUUAUUUGAUCUUGCUACUUUUUUGGGGAAGGGGAGGGAAUGUUGUAAAUUUUUUUUGUAUCUACUCGAUUUCACUUUCAUUAGUGUAUAUUGAUAUUGAUAUAAUGUAACUUUUGAUAUCAAAUGUCGAGAUGAUGAUAGUUCAAUUGAAUUUUAGUUUAUAACAAGUAGUUCAUGACACUUGAAAUCUUAUCCUUGGGAUUUAAUUUGCCUAAUAUAUAAAUUAAGUUGUUCGGUUCUAUUGAAAAUAAAUUGGAAUUUGAUGGUGUAAGUUACAUGAUAAUAUACUUAUAUGACUAGGGUUUUGAGGUAAAAUAACAACAAUAGUCAGCAAUAACAACAUAAUCUCCAAAUAAUAAUAAUAUUUAACUGUUUAUCAACCAAUAA